AUGAAGAUCAAAAAGGUACUUUUUGUGAAGUUUUCAAAAAUCAACCUAAGUAGCGCUUUUCAGGAAGGGGAUACCGUAGCUGAUGUGGCUAAACGUGCUGGAGAAAUGUGGAAGAAUAUGGACGCAGAAGCAAAAGAGGUAAUAACGUUCUUUUUCAUGAGCAGCAGUUCCCCAAGUUUGCCACUUUAGCC